ACAGGACUCUCUGGGUCCCUGCUCGCCGGCUCCAGUUUCACCGAGCCAGCGAGCCAGCGUGAGAACAGAUCCUGCUCCUCAGUCCUCAGCACCUUGCACAGAAGGGCUCCGCAUCCCAGCACUGCCCACCUCCGUUCUAGGUGCCUGAUGGAAGGACUUUCCCUUGUUAGACCCCCGGCACAUGGGGCUGACCGCAGAUAAAGUGCUCAGAGCAAGAACACAGACCAGUACUACCUCCUUCAAAGCCAUCGUAUCCUGGUCAAAGAGUCAUCGGCAGUGAUCACAGACUGAACAGACGAGAGUCCAGAUACAGAGGACAAUGAGUCUCCUAAAGGAACGGAAACCAAAGAAACCACACUAUAUUCCUCGGCCCCCGGGAAAGCCCUUCAAGUACAAAUGCUUCCAGUGUCCUUUCACGUGCAAUGAGAAGUCGCAUCUUUUCAAUCACAUGAAGUACGGGCUCUGCAAAAACUCUAUCACAUUGGUGUCAGAGCAAGAUCGCAUCCCCAAGUGUCCCAAAUCUAGUUCGCUGGACCCUAAGCAGACCCACCAGCCAGAACCCACCUCAAAGCCAGCUGCUUCCAAGUCUCUCCCAAAUGGACUCUCCAGCUUCGAUCCAAAGUCUCAACAGGGCUCUACAAAGGAAGAUGCCAAAGAGAACCUAGAGAUGCAGGCCCGGGGGACCCACAAGGGUCCCCAGAAACCAAUCCUACAGAAAGAAGUGACACCAGAAGCCAUCCUCAGCACCCAGCUAGACAGUGGGGGUAGGUCUUCAGCAUUUGUUCCAGUUGGGGAGCACAGACUCAGGGGGCCGGAAGACACAGAGGCUCCUGAAAUGCUGGCAUUAACCAACUCUACCACCAAAGCCACCUCUUUCCAUGCCAAGUCUGCAUUCCAUACUCCUGGUUACCCCUGGAAAGCUGGCUCCCCAUUCCUGCCACCUGACUUUCCACAUAAAAUCCCAUCUACAAAGGGGUUUGGUGCUAUCUCCCCCUAUAUGCACCCUGCAAUCCCCGAGUACCCCCAUCCCUUCUAUACGGAGCAUGGGCUGGCUGCCAUCUACUCCCCCUACCUCCUGACUGGGAACACGCCUGAGUGUGACGCCACUCUGCUGUCUGUCUAUGGGUCCCAAGACCAAAGACACUUCCUGUCUCAUCCUGGACCGAUCCCCAAGCAUCUGAACACAACUCCGUCGACAUACGACCACUACAGAUUUUUCCAGCAAUACCACUCAAAUCUGCCAAUUCCUUACGGAUUUUACAGACCAGAGUCGGCAUUCCCCCCCUAUGGUCUCCGGCUCCCACCUGUCCCUGGCAUCACACGAGAUCAGAGCUCUCGACUGCUUGAAGAAGCAGCCCUGGCUUAUCCAGCCUCAAGUCCCUCCGAGUUAAAUCUUUCAAACUCCCACAAAAAACACACAGAGUUUGAGAAGGAAAGCCCUCUCCCUGAGGCCAAAGAUCCUUCUAAAGAUGGGCAAAGGGAUGCAGAAGAGGCAAAAAUGAGUCCCCGAGCAGGGAGCGCUGCCACGGGCUCCCCAGGGAGGCCAAGCCCCACCAAUUUCACCCAAACAAGCCAAACAUUCGAAGGCCUGUGUGACCUCUCAAACAAAGCAGCCUCCUCGGGAACCCCGGAGAGACUCCAGCAGCCUGAACAGAGCCCCACUGCCUUCAAACCUGUCCAGAGGGGAUCAGAAAGUCCUCCGUCUCAACCUCCCGCAAACAGAACAGAGUCUCCAAAAAGCCUUCAGGUCAUGAACGGUGACUCUCCAGCCCAGACAGGGACCAGUAACUCUCUCAUCACAGAGGCCCCACCUUCUAGCCCAGAGGACCACUCCAGGAUAAGCCCCCUCAACCUCUCAAAGAAGUUGGAGACCAACCCUGCAGCCACUUAUGGACCCAUGUACGUAGACAAUGCUCAGGCAGACGCCCUGGGCUUCUCGGGGCUGCAGGACCUGCCACUCAAUCUCUCUGUAAAGGAUCCCUGUAAUGCCUGGGCUCCUAGGCCUGUGUUCCCCAGCCCACCGCAAGGUGCUGAACCUGCUGCUGCUCUAAAGACUGAGACCAAAGGUUCCGAGGAUAGGAUAAGCCCCGUGGAGACGCAGGAAGACAAGGCCCACGGCAGGACGGCCCCAGAUGCGCACACAGUAGACAGCUGCGAUGAGCAAAAGCAAACCGCGGCUGUCGCUCUCUGUCAGCUGGCGGCCUACAGCCCGGGGAAAGUCCGAGUGGGUGAUGAGGAAGGCACAGCCCAGGAAUCCACCGGUCAAGAUGUGCCCACUCUCGGUUCUACGGAGAACCAGGGGGCUCAGUGUGACCUCAGACCCAAAGGACAAAAGAGGACAAGUCAAAGGGAUGCAGGAAAAUCCCAGCAAGGAACUAAAAAGCCAAGGCUGAACGACACCAUACCGAGAGUGCUCACGCUACGCAAGAGAACCCGGGUGUCCUGAGGCCUCACGUGCUUAGCGCUAUGGCCAAGAAGAUGCCUUUCACACAUGUUCGAAGCAGCAUCUUCGCUUUUUUGCUUCUUGGAGGAGGUACAGUCUUGUCAUGUUGUUCAAGCUGGCAUCAGCCCAAGUGCUGGGACACCCAGUGUACCCCGAGUUUACCUUCACUUUUUAUCAGUCAGUUUUUAUAAACAGUUUCUCUUUUCUUCUCAAAAAAAAAAAAAAAAAAAAAGACAAAUGGCUGUAAUCUUGUCCAGGUUUUUGUAAACAUUAAGAAUAAAUAUUAAAAGGUGUUUCUACUUCUGGUUAAAAAAAAAAUCUGAGUGGCUUAUGCUCUCCAAGACUGACAGAUUUAACUGGGCUUUCCUGUUUGAGACACAUCAAGGAACUAUACAGAACUAAAAUCCAGCUCGGCAGUGUGAGUCAGCGGAGCAGUGUGAGGAACGACGUUUUAUAUGUACUGUUUCUCAGGACUAGUAAACUUUUACUGUUUUCCUAUUGAAUAUAGUUAUGUGUUUUGAUGCCAGAAACAGCUUCAGCUUGAGCAUCGGGUGUUACCUGUAAAAAGUGUUGUGGUUACUUUUUACUGAACUGAUCACAAGCGUCCAGAGGUUGAUUUUACAAGUAAUUUAUUUCCAUCAGGGAAAUGCAUUUCUGGUUAAGGUAGGAUCAAUUUAUUCUUGUUUAUGAUGUCACAGCAACUUUCUCACUCGCGUUCAACUCCCUAAAAUGAUGUACAUGUUAAUUUUCCAAUAAACUCUUGUGUGAACUUUGAGGACACAUGGAGCAAAGACCAACAUCAGGUCUGUGGUAUUCUUUAGAGUUCCGCUAUAGCAUUCAGCAAGAAAGAGUUGACAGCUGGGGCAACAAUAAAACUAAGAAAGUACUUCUGGGGUCGGUGAAUCAAUCACCAGAAUCCAGGCAUGGACAAAUCUUCAUCCCUGGGGCUUUACAAGGACCAUCUAGGAGUCCUGAGUCUCAGAGUGCAAAGAAGAUAAGUCUCAGGAGCCCUGGCCCCAAGUGCUACGUGGGAAGGGUUCCACCUUUCUCGGUCCCCAAAAGCUCUUCUAGUCUAGACAGAGAUGGUCUUUUAUCCUGCAUGCAAGAACCAAGCUAUAGGCACUGAGCAGAAUUCAUGGUUUCUUGUUGAAAAAUCCUUUUCCUCUGGCAUCAAUUCCCAGCUCUUAGCCAGUCCCCAUAGAGGAUGCCCGGUGAAAGCUGGCCAGUGCCCUACCUGUUAGGUAUGAUGAUGUUAGGCAUAGAGAAACACUUUGCAACUGGUUAAUGUCAUAUAAGAUUUCAAAUAUCGGGGCUGGAAUGAUGGCUCAGUGGUUAAGACCUGGGCUCAGUUCCCAGCACCCACAUGGCAGCUCACAGCUGCCUGUAGCUCCAGUUCCAGUGGAUCUGGCAUCCUCACACAAGACACUCAUGCAUACAAAACGCCAAUGUACAUUAAAAAAUAAAUAAAUCUUUAAAAAAAUUUCAAAUACCAGCAUAAGCAGGAUGCAGUUUUUCACAACCGUUAGGAGAUACAGGAGGCCAGUGCUGCAAGCCAUCUCUAAAGGUACAGCAGGUUUCCCACUCAUGGAAGCAGGAAAGCUUUCUGCUACCACCUGGUGAGGCCGGAGGAGCCCUUCCCUUCCAAGGAGCUAGACGAGGCCUUUGGGUC